AUGUCCACAAUACCCCGAACGCUGAGGAACCUGUGGAGGGUGGGUCUGAAGGAUUUUGGGCACCAAAUGCAGUACAUCGGCGAUACCAAGGCGGGCACGCUGAUCGGAACCGACCGAUACGGCAAUAAAUACUUCGAGAACCUGGAGGAGGAAAUGCAGCUACGAACGAGAUGGGUGGACUACAAGGAAAAAGAAUAUGAUCCUUCCCAGAUCGAGCCCGGCUGGCACGCCUGGAUUUCUUACAUGGUCGACCAACCACCCACGGCCGACAAGCUCUUGCAACGCCAGGCCCGCGCCUGGGAGCCGGCGGAACAUCGCCCGACCUUGACGUGGACGCGGUCUGCGUUCCGGACGUAUAGCACGACGAAGCCCAAGUACUCGGCGUGGUUGCCGGAGGCAAAGCCACGGUAGGCGGAAGGUAUGGAGGGAUGCUGAAUCCGCUGGACCUGUAUAUCGACCCGAUGGGGGUUCGUGGUGAAUGGGACCACUGGACUGGGGGAUCGCUGUUUAAGUUUGCUGAGCAUAGGUGCUACAUCAUCAAAUGAAUAUCAAACAAUCGUCGAUCCCAUGGGGGAGAAAGUGACUGCCAAGUACCGUACGUCCCUAUCACACCUGCAGGUUGCCAGGGCCUCUUGAUGGAGAACCAGGCUACUUGGUGUGGUACCUACUGCUAUUCCGUGCCUCGAUUGGAAAGUUCAGC